GAGACCGUCACAAACGCUCCGAAGCCCGGCCCUAUAGAGUCUCAUUCACUCCGCCGCUGAUCACCAUCACCGUCAUCAUCGUCGUCAUGCCUUCGCGAUCCAAGAAGAAGAGAACAAUGAAGCGCAAAAAGGAGAGGACCAACCACCAAACUCCAACUAACUCCUCUUGUCCUCAAGGCAACGGGACAAGUGGCGACCAUGAUGACAGCAGCGACCACCCGUUAACUGACGAGGAUUUCUCACCAAGAGCUUCUAUGGAAGCCAAGCCCGAGCACGAGCACGAGCACGAGCCCGAGCACGAACCCGAGGCCGAUCCGGAGUCCGCAGUUAGUGAGGAUGCAUCUGCGGUUCCGAUCGAGCAGCCAACCGUUUCGGAAUCGGAGCAAACUGAAGUAACUACCGCAGUGCCAUUGGAGGUUUUGCAGGAAUCUUCUGCUCAUCGGGAGGUUAGGGAAAAGAGUGGUGAAGGAAGCUUGUACAGUGAGAGGGCUGAGAUUCCAGUGGCUAUUUCUCGGGACACUCCUGCUACGGGACCUGCCCCGCUGUUAGAGCGCCGUGCUUCGUGGUGGAACUGUUGCGGCUUGCUUGAUGUUUUUAGGGGAUCCCAAAGUUAAUGUAGAUGUGCCAAAGAUUCAAUCUGUAGUAGAAA